AGGAGUUAGCUCUCAGUCCUACCCUCGAUUUGAGUUCAGAGGAGAUGUUCUGGUAAACAACUCUUUCAUAGUUCGUGGACUCCAGUAAACAUUGGAGAAGGCCACAAUGACUCACUGCAUUGUGUGACUGACAACUCAGAGUGUUGUAGCAAUGGACAAGGUGACUGGUAUGAUGAGAGGGGAAGACAAGUCCAGCAGGGACCAGAUGGAGAGGGUGACCUGUAUGUCACUAGAGGAGAUGGAGUGGUCUAUCUCAAUCGCAGAAGAGGAGGAACUUCAGGAAUGUGGAGAUGUGAUAUACCUGAUAGUAAUGGUGUACAGCAGAGUAUCUACAUCUACCUUGGGACUCCAACCACAGAGGCAAAUGAGGAUCCUCCUGAGUUCACUCUCACAUGUCAGAGUAAGGGAGGACCAGUCACAGAGGUGGUGUGGAGGAGGACUGCAGAAGGAAACACAGUGACAGUAGAGGAAGACAGUAACCACACCACCAGUCAGAUCAUAGUGGACACAUCAAGUAACACUGUCUAUAAUAACACUCUGAGAGUCAGGGGAAGAGAGACAACUGUAACAUAUAGAUGUACUGUGAGCAACAACAGGCAUGAAUAUGUC